UGUGCCGCUAUCUCGCCACGCCCCCCGGAGACCUAGGGACCACCUACUCGGGCCGGGUGCUUCUUAGUUGCGGCUUCUCGCGUGCCUUGCUGUAGGAAAUGCCGUUUGUAGAGCUCGACACCAACCUGCCGGCUGGCAGUGUGCCUGCAGGGCUGGAGAAGCGGCUCUGUGCGGCCACCGCCGCCAUCCUGGGCAAGCCCGAGGACCGCGUGAAUGUGACGGUGCGGCCCGGCCUACUCAUGGCAGUGAACGGCUCGGCGGAGCCCUGCGCGCAGCUGCUCGUCUCCUCUAUUGGUGUGGUGGGCACUGCCGAGGAGAACCGAGGCCACAGCGCGCGCCUUUUUGAGUUCCUCACCAAGGAGCUGAAACUGGGCCAGGACCGGAUAGUUGUCCGCUUUUACCCUGUGGAGCCCUGGCAGAUUGGCAAGAAGGGGACCGUCAUGACUUUUCUAUGAUUGACACAGAGGGCUUCUAGGUUAUCCAUGAGCUGGUCCACCACUCCCAGAAAACCCUGCUGGCAGAGAAGGAUCUGUGGAUAGGAAUGUCAGGCACCUCCUGGUAUGCAGACAAUAGUCCUCUUCCUUGUCCUUCUGCAAAUAAACAAAGAGAGCUUCUGUUUUCAAA